UGAUGUAGACAUGACCCUCUACAAAGAUCCACCUCUGCCACAACAAUACUGGAUGGGUCAAGUGAAAUGCACAUCUGAAGAAGAGAGCCUUUGGAAAUGCCCUUAUGUUGGCAUCAGUAACAAUGAGGAGUGUGAUGGUAGUUUUGUUGCUGUUGAAUGCUCUGGAGAAGUUAAACUGAGUUUGAAUCUGAAUGGACAGCGUGAUGUAUGUGCUGGUGUGGUGGAGUUCUCUACAGCCAACGGCAUCAUUGGGGUCUGUAAUGAUAACUGGGAUAUACCUAAAUCAAACAAGAUAUGUCAGGAGCUUGGUUGUGGAGAUGUUCAUGACAUUCCCAAGCCUGGAAUGUUCAAAGGACAACAGAGCAAACGAAAUGUAUUUCUUAAAUGUGUUGGCAAUGAGAAGUUCUCUUGGCAGUGUAUGGAGAGGUCAGACUGCCGGGAGCGAGCCAGUGUGAUCUGCAGCAAUCACAGGAGGUUCAGUCUACGAGAUGGCAGCGAUGCUUGCUCUGGGUUGGUGGAAGAGAAAACUGUGAAACAAAAAUCAUGGAAUCCUGUUCAGUCAGCAAAAGUGAAGCCUGAAGUCAUCUGUCCACAACUGAACUGUGGUUCCACUGGAAAAUUUACAGAAGAAACUAACAUACUGACGUGCUCAGACCGCGUGAAACUCCACAAUUUCACAACAGAGUGUUUUGGAGAUGUUUCCAUUGCUGUGAAUGGUAUUAUCUAUGGAGUGUGCUACAGUGAGCAGGAUUCGUUUCAGUCCCGUAAAAAGAUGGGGGCUAUGGUCUGUCGAGAGCUUGGCUGUGGUGAGAUAGUGCUCAUGAAAAAGGGCUCCUUUACUUCUAAUGGUUUUCUGAGUAAUGUUGAUUGUCAGGGUGAUGAACGGUCACUGUGGCAUUGUCUGGCAAUUCAUGAGAAAAAACAAUGCUGGGGAACCAAAGUUAUAUGUUCAGGCAGCUUGGAUGUGCGUUUGAGUGACGGUCUGGGUCGCUGUUCUGGACGUGUAGAGGUGAAAUGGGAAGGCUCAUGGAGGCCCAUUAGCUCUGAAAGGAACACUAUGAAUUCAGACGUGGUGUGUAAACAUCUAAACUGUGGUGCAUCCUCAAAAAUAAACAGACAACUUUUCACUGAAGGAGAAAAGACACUGCAAUGGCUGUGGGAUGUCAGCUGUAGAAGCUCUUCAGCAAAGCUCCAUGAGUGUUUCGAGAAUACUGGCUUGAGGACACCUCGUCAAAACGAGAAAAACAUAGAAAUCAUUUGCCAAAAGGAAGAACUGAAGUUCUUUGAAGGCGAUUCUCCAUGCAAGGGAAAAGUGCGCAUCAAGCAAUUUUAUGAUAAGGCUGUCUGGCUGCCUGCAACACCAGAAAAAGCCAAUGACGCAUGCAAAGCAAUGCAGUGUGGAACUCUGCUCUCUUUUGAACCGGAGAAAAACACCAAAGAUGCCAAAGUCACAUGUUCAGGGACAAAGACUCUUGCACUUGAAAACUCGCUUGGAGAAAAAUGCUGGGGAAUGGUGAAGGUCUGCGGAGAUGACCAGUGUGGAGGGGUUUGCAGCAACAAUUGGAGAACAGAUGAAGACUCCAAAAUGAUCUGUGGGAACCUGGGCUGUGGAAAUCCAAUUCCGGCCCAGUUACCACUUCAGAUAAAUAAUCUACCUGCCACUUACAGUAGUGUGUACUGCUCAGAAAAUGUACAAAAUAUGAUCAUGUGCAAUUUUAUUCCCAACAAAAACCCCACCUGCAAAUCCCUAGCCCACGUGAUAUGCACAGACAGCAUCAAAGCUAGACUGGAGGAUCCAAGAGACAAAUGCGCUGGAAAUGCAUCACUGUUUUACGCUGGGAAAUGGACACCCAUCUGUAAAGACAGUCUUGAUACAAAUCUUAAAAAUUUGAUCUGCAAGGAACAAUUUUGUGGGGAGAACAUAAAUGACCAACAUGAUUGGAUUUCACAAGAAGAAUCUAAAUCUACAGGACUAUCAAGAAUUAAAUGUCUUGAUAAUGCCAACUCUGUUUCUGAAUGUGACCUCAAAGAGGUUUCAGAGAAAGAAUGUAUUGUUGGCUAUCUGAAUUGCACAGGCACGUCUAAUGAGGAGAUGACGAGUCGGGAUUGCAACUUCAUCCUUGCGACACAGACUCAGACUGCGUGCAUGAAAUCCUGGAAGAUCAAAGGGGCGUUGACUAGGCCAUAUGGCAUCACCCGGUAUUCAUAG